CGAUAUUUCUUGAAGAGUACUUGCACGUGCUAAUGAUCGCGCGUUGAUUAUUAUAUCGCUAUUAUCCGUAAAUAUUGAUCGAUCAUGAGUGCAUGUAUGUUUAACAUGGUCCUAAAUAAUCUACGCUAGUGUGUGCGAAUAUAAACCACACAUACAGAGAUACAGAGUACGUUUUAGACUAGCGGUUUAGGUCCCGGAAAUCUGUGAGGGGAAAGGAAAGAGCAGACUACCCGUGCCACCAGCGCGGCUACCAAUCGGUGCACUUCACGAUAUUCAGUCUCAGUGUACGGAUCGUCUUACCGCUUGUACUUUCCGCGUUCACUCGUUUUGUGGCAGAUCUUUAAGUAAUUCAUCUUCUAAGUUUUGUUUGCCUUUUGACAAUUAUUGGCGUGUGAACGCGUGGAACACAAUGUCGGUCGCCUACAAAAACACAAUGAAUGCGAUUGGCAAGUUUGUGCCACAGAAGUUCCAGCCACUGUGGAAUCACCCAGCUGGUCCGCAGACUAUAUUCUUCUGGGCACCAGCUUUUAAAUGGGUAUCACGCGCGCGUGCGUGCAUAUUUUAUAACAAAUCACGGUCAAUCUACCCAGCUGAAUAUAGGUCAGCCUUCUAAAGUAAAUCAUCCGAAUAUGAUCUGCAUUGUUGACCCUUUCGUUAUUCCCCAUUCUGUCGUGGGACUUGUAAUAGCUGGCCUCAGUGAUCUGCAGAGACCAGCAAGUCAAAUCUCUGUUAGCCAAUCGUCUGCCUUGGGCAUUACUGGCUUGAUCUGGACCAGGUACUCUUUAGCCAUCACUCCGAAAAAUUGGAGUCUUUUUAGCGUAAAUCUGUUCGUCGCUUUAACGGCUUUGUACCAAGUUAGUCGAGGAAUAAUGUAUCAAAGAGAACAAGCAUCUUUAACUGAAACGGCGCUGGCGAAAGAAAAAUAGUGACUAUGUCAGGACAAUGUACAUUCCUAGAGAUCCAAAUACUUAAAUGUAUAUAUCUAGAAUGUUAGAAUCACUUUAGUGACUUGCGGAAUUUAUUCGACCUUUACGUAAUUUCGAACAAGAGUAAAACACAAAGUUAGGGGAAUUCAUAAUCUGCAUUGAUCAUGAACUUCCAGUGACUAUGAAAGUUUCAUAGUUAAAUUGCAAAUAUUACAAAUUCUAGUAAAUUGGUGUUAUAUGUAUAAAAAAAGAAUUAAUCAACGUAAGCCGUAAGCAAUCACUGAGAUAACGGAUAUAAGUAAUCAUAAAAUCCCGAAAGUAAGCAAUUGCGAAUUAGAUAGAUUAGACCAAUUACAAAAAAAGAGAUUAAAUGUAAUGUUCGAAAGUAAACGUUAAAAAUGUCAACAUUCAGGAACGCGAGACACCAAUAAUUGGAAAACUCAAAACUUUAAAAUUUUAAACAUUGAUGGCCAGGAAGCAAACGAUAUAGAUUGUCAUGUUAGUCUGUUUAAUAUAAAAUAUGUUUGAAUACGAAAAAUGGGGCAGUAAUAGCAUAAAAUUCUUCAUACAAUGUUCAUAUUAAGCUGUGAUAUUGAACAUAAGAUACUGUUCGUAUCUUUAUUUCAUUUAGCAAUGCACAAAUUUUAAAUCCUAUACGAAGUACAAAUGUACCAAUGAAACACAUAGAACAUAAUUUCAAUGUGCAGUACAACACUUGAAGGCAUAUAUUGUAAACUAAGACACCAAUCUAUAGUACAUUAGUCUGUAGUAAUAUAGUAGAUUUAGAUGAAUAUGCUUA